GUCACUAGCUGUCCUGUCAGUGUAAUGUCAGGCAAGCUGCAAGUUGGAAAUAAAUAAUAACAAACGGAAAUUAUGGAUAAUAUGAGUUUAAAAGAGAUUCAAAGCAAACUCUUACUGUGGGAGGCUGCAGAAAAUCCUCUGGCACCUCUAACAUCGGAGCAGAGAGAAGCUAUUUUGGAUUUAGAGUCACUUUUACUCGGUGUAUCUAGUGACUUAGACAAUGAAGCAAAGGACAAUAAUGAUAAUGAAGAGUUGGAUAAGAAUAACAUUCCUACUGUGGACACAACUUAUGACUUUCUUGAGUGGUAUGAGAGUCUAUGUGAUAGCAAUCUAAGGACUGAUGAUGCGCCCUACGAGGCUUACCAUAAGCAGUUGGAUGAUAGAAGAAAUGAGUGUGUUGCACUGACCAAUCAGAUUGGUGCUACAAUGUCUGACUUGGACAAAUUGUCGGAACAAUACAAUUUUGUGUCAAAUAAAACGAAUGCUCUGCACACAAUGAGUGAGCAGCUGUUGGCUGAUCAAAACAAACUCUCCAGUAUAGGUGAUGACAUCAAACAGAAGCUCCACUACUUCACACAGGUGGAACACCUGUCCCAGCGGUUGAACAGUCCAACUAUGUCCGUGAACAGCGAGACUUUCUUCAAUGUGCUUGCCAAGAUCGAUGAGUGCUUGGAGUAUAUGAGGGCAAAUAGCAACUACAAGGAAUCCCAUACCUAUUUAGUAAAGUACCGCCACUUACAAAACCGUGCGAUAUCUCUCAUACGGUCCUACGUGACGCAUGUACUGAACCACGCCACGGAACAGAUGUUAGCUCCCAAAGACGAGGACCAGAAUGACCAGGAUAACGUGGACACCGCGUACGCUGUGUAUUUCGGAAAGUUCCAAGCCGCUGCCCCCAAGUUGAAGAUGGUUAUUAGUGAAAUUGAAGCGAGAGCUGAGAAAAAUGCUGACUAUGCGUCCCUACUGUCAGACAUACAACGCGAAUAUGCAGCGCGUCGUUGGCGCGUGGCGGGCGCGGCUACAGGGGGCGCGCUGGCCGGGGGCGCGGGCGCAGGCCCGGGGGCGCCGCCCCCCGACCACUGCUCACAACUGCGCGCUGCCUGCUCCCUACUAGCUCACGCCUGUAGAGAUGAAUGUGCGCUCUACUAUCAUUUCUUCACCAAUCUAUCGCCUGCUUUAGAAGAGUACCUCCAGUCGCUGUGUACGGGUCUGUACGAGUCGCUGCGUCCUCAAAUAAUCCAUAUAAACCAUUUGGAAACUCUCGCCGAGCUGUGUGUCAUACUGCGGGUGGAGGUUAUUGAGGAACAAGUUAAUAAUGAUCCGCGGCUGUCGGCGCUGGGCGCGUGUGCGCGGUCCCUGCUGCAGGACGCGCAGGAGCGCCUCGUGUUCCGCGCCCACGUACACCUGCGGGCCGACGUCCUGCUGUACCGCCCCGCGCAUGGCGACCUCGCAUACCCCAGCAAGCUGCUCAUGAUGGAGCAAAUCGCAAUGUCAAUCCAAGAGCAGUCCCUCAAACGGAGCGACUCGCGGAACUCGAUGACUUCCGACAUUUCCGCCACGUCGCAAGAAGUAGCGAACAUCAAUGUCGAAGCACAGAAACGACCACAAGCCUCCCCAGCAGACCUGCACGGAAUGUGGUACCCGGGAGUAAGAAGGACGUUAGCAGCUUUAUCAAGACUCUACCGCUGUCUGGAGAAAAAAGUCUUCCAAGGGUUAGCUCAAGAAGCAAUCUCUCUAUGCGUCCAAAGCGUUGACAACGCAGCCAAGCAAAUUUCGAUCAACGCCACUAAUAUAGACGGUGAAUUAUUCCAAAUCAAGCAUUUGUUGAUUCUUAGGGAACAAAUAGCGCCGUUCCAGGUCGAUUUUAUUGUGAAAGAGACGACUUUGGACUUUAGUAACAUGAAGAAUGCAGCGUAUGGUUUGAUACAGAAGCCGAGACAAAUAUUUUCUCUGAACUCUAAUAAUGCGCUGUUAGAGUUCUUAUUGGAAGGUACUCCGAUGGUGAGGGAACACCUCUUGGACUCGAGGAAGGAGGUCGACAGGCAGCUCAAGAGUUGCUGUGAACUGUUCAUCAAGGACGCCACGGAGAUACUCGCCGGACCCAUGAUAGCGUUUAUUGAGAAGGCAACAGCAUUUGCACCAAUAGAACAGCUAAAGUCCCAGCCGUGGGCCACACCAGAAGAGAUAGCCGUGGCCGUGAAAGAAGCGCAGAAGAAAAUAAAAGCCCAUCUGGCGCCAUUACAGCGGUCUAUGCAACUCUAUCUCGCUAAUAAGGAAACUGAGUUCAUUCUAUUUAGACCUAUCAGGAACAACGUAGUCGGCUACUUCGUGCAAAUAGAGCAGCUGCUAACAAACGCGGGGUAUACUUACGAAGAUACUUUGAUUGUCGCCUGUCCGACACCGGAACAGGUCUCCGUCUUUAUAUCCUCUGCGAGCCUGAUCAGUCAUACGGAGCCAGUUCAACCAUAUGGAACUAAGGUCAAACCCAGCGUUGUAAGGAAACCUAGUGUCACCAGCGUACAAGAAAAAGAAGAAGUAUCUGUAGGUGUCGAAGCGACCCCAACCACUGUUACUUUAUAAGCAAUAAAAAUAAUAUUUAUUCCCUAAAGUAAGAGAUAUAUUUCCCUCUUGCCUUGUUAAAUGUUUAUUUUUCAAAGGUUUAUUGUUAUUGACCAAAUACAUCAUCAUGUCUAUGUAUAAAACUUCAGUUUGGAUAAAUUAUCUGAUGUGAAGUAUGGAAUAAUUUAUUGAUGAGAAUAUCAAGCUAGCAUUAUUAUUAUUUUAUCAUAUAUUAUAUUAUUAUUUUAAUGGCAUAUUGGUUCUGUAUUAUUUGGAGAAUGUAACUCUCACA